AUGACCCAGAUCACCAACAGCCGCGUCUACAUAGCCAAGGUCCCCGUUGGCGUUGCUCCCAACAAGAGUCAUUUCCGCACCGUCACCACCACCGAGGACAAGCCUGAACUCGAGGAGGGCUCCGUCUUUGUCAAGAACAUCCUCUUUUCCUUGGAUCCUUACAUCCGCCACAAUUUCGCUGAGGGUGCAAAGGAGACUGAGGUCAUUGGCUUUGGCUUCUCCAAGGUCCUUGAGUCUAAGAACCCCAACUUCCACGUCGGCUCCAGCUACUACUUUGGCACUCUUCCCUGGUCGUCUUACAGCGUUCUAGGACCUCAGGAGCUUUUCUUGAACUUCAGCAUUGAUAGCAUUGACAAGGAUAUUCCCCUUUCUGCCUACAGCGGUGUCCUCGGUACCUCUGGUCUUACAGCCUGGGAUUCUUUGAACCGUGUUGCCGACUUGAAGAAGGGCGAGACAAUUUACGUUUCUAGCGCUGCUGGAACCUUGGGUCAAUUGGUUGGACAAAUUGCCAAGCGCAAGGGUCUCCGCGUCAUUGGAUCCGCCGGCACUGACGAGAAGGUCACCUAUCUCAAGAACCAGCUCGGCUUCGAUGCCGCCUUCAAUUAUAAAACCCAAAACAAGCGCGAGGCAUUGACCGCUGCAGUGGGACCUCAGGGUCUUGAUGUCUACUACGACUUGGUCCUUGACAACACCGUCGAGAUUGCCUUGGACCUGUUCAAUUCCCAUGGUCGUAUUGUCACAGUCGGACGGCUGGCGGAUCACAAUGGCCAAGAACUUGCCCAUCCCAAGAACAUUGCUCUCGUGUUGGCGAAGCAGAUCCGCUGGGAGGGUUACGUAGUCUUUGAGCACUUUGAUCAGUUUGAGAACUUUUGGAAGGAAGUGACUCCCUUGGUCAAGAGCGGCGAGUUUAAGUAUACCGAGGCGGUUGUGGAUGGAGGUGCUGGGGAUAUUGCUGACAUCUACUUCCGUUUCUUGGAGGGAGGAUACCAGGGCAAGGUCAGCGUCAAACUCGGCGACUUCUAA